CUUCUAACCUUUUAAUUCUUACUUUGAAAAUUGACGAGUGGACAUCCUGGCCCUGAAAGUAGUUAAAAUUUUCGAAUGAUGAAAAAUCUGGGGCCCAUCAUACCAACGGUCCAGAUAGAUGAACCAUGCCCCACUUCCAGUCAUUCAACGCCCCUCAUCGACCGUGCAGUCAUUCAACCCUACAGUCGCAACAGAAAUAUCCCUGUUUCCCUCUUCUUUCCUUCGUCGACUCAGUUUAUUCUAAUUUUUGAAAAUUUCCAUUCAUAUUCACCCAUGGCUGCUGCUUGAAAACCUCAAAUCACACACACACACACACACACACACAUAGAGAGAGAGAGAGAGAGAGAGAGAGAGAGAGAGAGAUGGCAAUGGCAAUGGCAAGAAGAGCACACCUUCCCACCAUCCGGGCCCACCUACCCCUCCUCCGUACCCCACCGCCCCCAUCUCUACCGUCCGAUCACCAUCAGAACCCUCCACUCGCCAGAUCUGUCACCUACAUGCCUCGUCCCGGCGACGGUGCGCCCCGUCCGGUCACCCUCAUCCGCGGCGACGGCAUCGGUCCUCUCGUCACCGAUGCGGUGGAGCAGGUCAUGCAGGCCAUGCACGCCCCAGUCUACUUCGAGUCCUACGAUGUCCGCGGCGACAUGCCGCGGGUCCCACAGGAGGUCAUUGACUCCAUCAGGAGAAACAAGGUCUGCUUGAAGGGCGGACUCGCAACGCCUGUUGGUGGCGGGGUCAGCUCUCUGAACGUUCAGCUCAGGAAGGAGCUCGAUCUCUAUUCCUCGCUAGUCCAUUGCUUCAACCUGCCAGGCCUGCCAACCCGGCAUGAGAACGUGGAUAUUGUCGUUAUUAGGGAGAAUACGGAGGGCGAGUAUGCAGGGCUGGAGCACGAGGUUGUUCCCGGCGUUGUCGAGAGCCUCAAGGUCAUUACGAAAUUCUGUUCAGAGCGCAUUGCAAACUAUGCAUUUGAGUAUGCUUACCUUAACAACCGAAGGAAAGUUACAGCGGUACACAAAGCCAACAUUAUGAAGCUUGCAGACGGUCUCUUCUUAGAAUCUUGCCGGGAGGUUGCAACAAAAUACCCUGGGAUAAAGUACAAUGAAAUUAUUGUCGACAACUGUUGCAUGCAACUUGUUUCAAAGCCUGAGCAAUUCGAUGUCAUGGUGACACCAAAUCUCUAUGGCAAUCUGGUGUCGAACACAGCAGCGGGUAUUGCUGGAGGCACAGGUGUCAUGCCAGGAGGCAAUGUUGGUGCCGAUCAUGCCAUUUUCGAGCAAGGCGCAUCUGCAGGCAAUGUAGGAAGUGAGAAGAUAUUGGAGCAGAAGAAAGCGAAUCCAGUUGCAUUGCUUCUAUCAUCAGCAAUGAUGUUGAGGCACUUGCAGUUCCCUUCGUUUGCUGAUCGUUUAGAGACAGCUGUCAAGAGUGUGAUAGAAGAAGGCAGGUACCGGACCAAAGAUCUAGGAGGAACCAGCACCACCCAAGAAGUUGUUGAUGCAGUCAUAGCAGUGAUGGACUGAUCCCGGUCUAUGUUCUCCUGUAAUCCAUUAUUCAGCCAAACGGUAACACCGUAAUUGCCCACGUAAUAUUUAAAUUUCUUAUUUUUCUCUCUUCCUACAUAAGCAACUGUUAACCUUUUUUUGCGGGAAGAGGGGGGGAAUAAUCAAGUAUCUUCAGUCCAAGAGGUAUUGGGAAUGCUUGAAUAAGCGUGAAUGAAUAGAAUAAUCCAUUUUUGUAUAAUUAGUAUUUUUCUCACAUUGAAGAGCCUUUUGGACUUUGAUGGUAUUUGUUAGGAAUUGAGGGAUCUUUCAGUUUCUUUUUAUUCA